AUGAAGCUUCGUGAUAUCGAGGUCAACAUCUCCGUUGCAGACAGCAGCGAGCACCUGGCCCAGUAUGGAAUUGAUGAGCAGGACGGACGUACCAUCGGCUGCUACAUUGCUAGCGAAGCUGGCAAGACAUUUGUCAUCAACGUAUACAAUGGGUUACAAGGAAAGACAGUGAUCGCUGACUGCUAUAUGGACGGAGACUAUGCAAACGGGAAAUUCGCUGAGCCAGGAGACUGGUCGGAGCUCAGGGGAGUGUAUAUCAGCGUGUCUGAAAGCGUGGCCAUGGAGAGAGUUUUUACUUUUGCAGAUAUUCAGGUCACUGACGAUGAAAACGCUGAAAACGACGCCCAAGAUCUCGGUUUCGUUGAGGUCCGGGUUUAUCGAAUAGUAAUGGGAGAAUGCUGGGCACCAGAUGCCAGUGCAGAGACCUGGGUCGGCUCCGAUAAACCUGUCAAUGAACUCAGCAAGAAGGCUGGUUUACACCGGAUUGUGUUAGCGGACGCUGCACCGGUGGCCACACGGGACUACCACGACUACACGUUCAUGGAUGGGGAGAAGGACCCUUAUGUUACUUUCAGGUUCAUGUACAGGCCACGAGAGAUACUGAAGGCCCAAGGCAUCAUUCCUCUAUCUCCGAGCCCGGAGACAGACAACACUGAUUGCGUCAAUUCCAAUACUCGACAGGCUCAGAAAAACGACAACAAUGGGGUCCAAGGAGUGGGAGUGGUAUCCAACACUCAAUCCCACUCACAAGCUCCAAGUCCGCCUGAAGCGGGUUUAUCCUCAGCGCCACAGCGGGCAGGGAAACGACGAGCCUCUGAUUCCACGAUGCGAACCAGAGAGCAGAGCAAAGCGACUAAGAGGCCACGUCAGGCCAGUCCCGAGGAAGACGUAAAGCGGAACCUCGACCACGUCGGGCUGCACAUUGCUCACAAUUUCGAACUGGACAACGCUAGCAUCACUUCCGCACAGCAAAUUUUACGCUACGUACGCACUCAGCUAGGCAGCGCCAAACGUGAUCUUGCGGAGAAAGAGAUUGUCCGCUAUUUGAGUGCUCAGCUCGAGAACGCGGAACGCGAUCUCGCGGCCACAAAGGAACAACGAGGUGGUAGAGACUCUUUGAAGCGAAAGCAAGCGGACAAAGGUGUACUUGCGUUCUCGUCUGCUGUGAUUGACCUCACACUUGACUGAGUAUGUUCGGGGAUAGGGCUGUCAAUUUGCACGCGCGGGCCCAUUGGUCAGUGCUAGGGUUGCAUGCAUGCCGGUCGCAGACAUUUCUUCACUUACGAAAUCACUACGCUACAUAAGUAAUGAGACGCUACUGAUACACACGUCUGAAUGUCAUCUCAAUCAGCAUAUAUCAUGGUU